GUGGACUGGGAGAGUAAUGGAGGCCUGGUGAAGAAGCUCUCUUCCAUUAAGGAGGAUGAGGAGGGUGAUGAAGAGCAGAGCUCUGUGUCGUGUGCCCCCCGUUCCCCUUUACGUCUGACCAGGGUUCUUAACUCGCCCCUGCGCUCCCCACUGCUGCCCCCUCAGCCCUUCCGCCCCCCCUCAGAACACACCCGCCCCGCCACCCUGCAGAUACCUGUGGUCAGCUUCAGCAGCGCACCGCCGGAGCUUAGUCCCAGGUAGGAGAAACACACACAGACUCACUCCCACACACACACACACAUAGACACACACAAAUCAUACGCCACAGUUUGUACACAGUUUUAACAAACUGGUUUAAUCUCAGGCAGAGGAUUUAAUUGCUGUAAUACAUUAGACUUGUCUAUUUCAUGGUGUCUGGUAGAGGAACUGGAAAUGAAGAGUACACAAUUAACACUCAAGCCUCGAUCCUCCAGUGCCUGUCAGGCUGCCAUGGCAACUAACAGACGGUGCUAUUGGGUCCCAGCAGAGGGAGUGUGGAUUUCCCUCCACACCAGGCAGCAGGCUCAGUAUGCAACAAGAUCUCACGAAAUUGUGAAAUUGACUUCAGAAUCCAGUGUUUGUCAAAACAUUUUACAGGGAUAAACGUCGGAGAGCGCUCCGAAACCGAGGCUAGCGGGUUCAAUCCCUGUGCUAGGCACUCAUUUUUAGUUUUUUAGUUUUAAGCCUAUCCCAAACCUUAACCCUUACCUUAACCAGAGCCUACUUGAUGGUAAUAGCUCUCACCGUUGCCCCUAGUGGCCGGUAUUGAAGGCGAUUCCCGACCCCGAAGGAUGUCGAAUAUUACUUUGGAUCUUGAGUGACCUGGCUGCAGUGUGUGUGUGUGUGUGUGUGUGUGUGUGUUCAGCACACUGCGCAGCCCGCCUGCCAGCCCUGCGUGAGAAGCCCAACCCCGAUGUGCUCGGUGGGGUGGCAGCUGUGUUGCUGUUUGAACACAACAUCUGGUGCCAGAGGGAGAGAGAAGAGACCUCCUAGAGUAGAGAGGGGGAGAAAUGGAAAUAGGACAGGAGAAGGGAUGAGGAAGACAGGGCUGAACAUAGGCUGAAAUCCUCCACUCCUCUCUGACAGCUGUUUUCCCCCUCUUUCUUUGUGUUUUAUUCAUCUUUAUUCCCCUCUUUCUUUAUCUCGCCCCUCACUCUCUCCCCCUCUGUCUCUCCCCCUCUCUCUCUUUCUCUCCCUCUAGGUUUGUGGAUGAUAUUGAGACAGAGAGAAAUGUGAACUCAACCCAGAAGUUUGAGUUUAGCUCCAGUCUUCUACACAGUGGUCCACCAUCCCCAGGACUAGGUAAUACAAUCUUCUCUCCAUCAGUCUGUUGCUGCUCUCUCUCCAACAUGUACUUACCUCUCUGUGUGUGUGUGUGCGCGCACACGCGUGUAGGGAUCCAGGAGCAGUCAGAGAUCAAGCAGAGUGUCUCUAAGCUGAGUGACGAGGUGAGUGGUUCUAGUUGGUCAAGAACCAUCACUGUUUUCAGGGAGUCCUAGAUCCAUAACAUAAAAAUAACUUGCCAUGAAUCUUAAAACAUAAUAUAUAGUAACAUAAUACGUAAAAACACUAAUAUUCCAGUGUCAGUCACACUCACGUAUCUCUCGUCUGUGUCCACAGAUGAGCAGUCUCUCCCAGCAAGUCUCUCAGCUCAGCCAGGAACUACAGGAAAUGACCCGCCUGCUCCGACCCCUCCUCCUCGUGGCGCCUCAGCCAAUCCUGACGGCCAUGACGCCCAUCCUGACUCCACCCCCCAGCAGUGCCAGCCAACCGUCCUCCAGGACACCUCUGGUGGUCCCACCUCCAGCCCCGCCUUGCUUCCCACAACCCCACCCCCAGCGACCGCAGUCCUGCUCACUAUUGGACGUGGACAGUACUGACACAGGAAGGGUGGACCUGCCAGGUUGCCUCCUCCCCACCCCGCCUCCACAGAGGCCUCCAGCCCAGGCCCAGGCCCAGUCUCCAAUCUCCCCAGGGAGAUGUUCCAAGGACUUACUCAACUCCAACCCCCCUUCCCCUGGUACAGGAGACACAGAGGGGUCCAUCCACCUCUCCAACGGUUCUAACCACUCCAACCUCUUAGUCUCUAGCAACGGGUUCUUCCCUGUCCAGGACCGUCCUCCCCUUGCCUCCCGCACCCCGUCCCCCAACCUCUCCUUCUCACUGUCUCUUGCCUCCUCACCCUCCUGCUCUCCCUGCCAGGGACCCCACCACUCUCGACCCGGCAGCCACAGUAGCCACAGCAGGGGCCUAUUCCCCCCGCCCCCCUCCCAGGACACCCCGCCCCUGCCUUCCUCCCAUUGCUCUGCUCCCCCGUCACUCACCUCCUCACCUGGAGACCAUAGGCUGAGGGGGGUCAGCCCCUCCUUUUCCUCCUCCACUACCCUCAUCCCGCCCACGUCCUGUCUUAACCCCUCGCCCUUCUUCCCGGGGCCGUUCACCCUGGACUCUCUGAGGGGGGAGACGCAGGGGGGUUCCAGGCUCGAGGCAGGACACCUGGAGCUUGAGAUGCAGGAGUGGGGAGGGGAGAGGGGCGAGGGAUGCUCCCAGAUGAUGGAACACAUCAGCUACAUCGACGAGGAAGGGUCAGCUCUGUGA